GUCAUCUGCAUGCUAUAAAUGCAACCUCAAAUUGGAGCCACAUUAGUUUAAUGAACCAAACCACAUUAAUCUCGAAUUGUUCCGUAUAACGUGCAGUAUCUUGAGGCAAAGUUGCACUUAACUUGCUCAGCAAUCAAUCAUAUGAAAACGUAUUAUCUUUUCUGCUCUGUUCUCGCCUUUUUCUGUGUACCAAAGCAGCUACUUUAAGAUCUUAAGAUCUACGCUUUUUUAUGAAGAAGUCGUCAAAGACACCUUUCAGCUUCAUAAAUUAAAACCGCUCAUUAACUAAUAAGAUAGGAUCCAUUGUAUUCUUCAUCAUUUCAUAGGGAUAUUAGUGUUAUUACCACCAUGGCUAUUAGCAAACCACGUUUAGAUAUAUGCAGCAGUUCCCAAAAACAUAAUAAUAGACAUCGUUGGCUACAGUCUUAUAUUCUCUCCAUCUUCAUCCUCUUCACCAUUAUCACCCUCUUCUUUCUCCUCCACACACCCUUCUACUCCCUUCAAACUCCACCACCACCAUUAUCAUGGAGUGUAAUGCACCAGUUGCAAAGUUAUUCCAUCUUCAACACCACUUCCUCCACAACCACCAUCAAAUCUAUGGUCCACAAGCUUCGUACUUCAGUCACGUUUCUUCCACUCAAGGAUCUUCGUUUCUCCAAUGCAGCACUUGUAGGCCACACAUGGUUCAUGAGCUCCAUGUAUGAUACUCACCAAGAAGGUGAAGUCCAAUACCAAAAGUUCCCAUCAGAAUCAUCACAUGGUAGGGUUCUAUGCCUGAAAGGACGUGACACCCAUGAUGGUUCCUGGAACUACUAUGCUCUGGCAUGGCCUGAAGCUUUGCCUUACAACACCACGUUCAUGAAAGGUUUAACCUUUGUGUCAUAUAAUCAUUACAACUAUGAUAACUUGUGGCAUGGUUUAACUGCUAUGCUCCCAUUUGUGGCUUGGCACAAGAUGAAUAAUUGUUCAAGAUUUCCAUCAAGGUGGGUUUUGUAUCAUAGGGGUGAGUUAAGGGUCAACAUGGGCCUAUGGGUAGGGACCAUGAUGGAGGCUACAUUUGAUGGGACUCAAAAGAUUGAAAGAUUUGAUGGGCCUGGGACUGGGCCUGUUUGUUUUGAGGAGGCUGUGGUUAUGAGGCACAAUGAGGGUGGCAUGUCAAGGGAGAGGAGAAUGGAGGUUUAUGAUUUGAUGAGGUGUAAGGCUAGGAUUUAUUGUAACAUGAGCAGCCUCAAUGAUAGAACAAGUGUUGAACUCAAUGAUAUUGGAAUGACAUUGUUUUUGAGGACAGGACCAAGAUCUUUUAAGAAUGAUUCUGUUCAUGUUCAAGUGUUUUUAUUCACCCCUAAUUGUGCUUUGUCCCUUGCCUUAGGAGGAGAAAGAGACAAUAGAAGGAUCAAUUAUGACAUUUCUCACAGUAAGCUAUUUCUGCCUCUAUCAUCUUUUAAAUAA